AUGUCUGGUCGAUUCGUGCGUUCCUCGAAAUACCGACACGUCUUCGGACGGCCGACGAGAAAGGAGCAAUGCUAUGAUAACCUUCGCGUUUCCAAGAACGCCUGGGAUACCAACCUCGUCAAGGCCAACCCCAAAUACCUCUCCGUGAACUGGGAAGCUGGUGGUGGAGGUGCAUUUGCGGUCAUUCCUCUGGAGGAGCGCGGGAAGCUGCCCGAGAGGAUACCUCUUUUCCGGGGUCACACUGCCGUGGUCCUCGAUACCGACUGGAACCCUUUCAACGAUGAUCUGAUUGCAUCUGGAUCUGAUGACGGCAAGGUCUUCCUUUGGCGUGUGCCGGAGAACUUCACCCUGCGCCCUGAUCUUGACCCCGAUGAGAUCCAAGAUGUGGCACCUGUUGGCAAGCUUUCCGGUCACCCGAAAAAGAUAGGUCACGUUCUUUUCAACCCCGCCGCUGAAAACAUCCUGGCAACGGCCUCCGGCGAUUACACGGUCAAGAUCUGGGAUAUCGAAGCGGGCGCCCCCAAGCUGACCCUGAACCUGGGCGACAUUGUGCAAUCACAGUCGUGGAGCGCCAACGGCUCCCUUCUGGUUACGACCUCGCGAGACAAGAAGCUGCGCAUCUGGGAUGUGCGUCAGGAACGCCCCGCGCAUGAGACACAAGGACACUCUGGUGCCAAGAACAGUCGCUCAGUCUGGCUUGGUGAGCACGACAGGAUCGCAACCACCGGUUUCUCGAAGAUGAGUGACCGCCAAUUGGCUCUGUGGGAUAUCCGCGCUCCCCGGGAGCCCAUCAACGGAUUCAAGACCCUUGACUCGAUCUCCGGUGUAUGCAUGCCUUUCUGGGACGAGGGCACCCAGUGUCUGUACCUUGCUGGAAGAGGUGACGGUAACAUCCGCUACUUCGAACUCGAGAACGACAAGUUCGAAUACCUUGCCGAAUACAAGUCCGCUGAUCCCCAGCGUGGUAUCGCUUUCAUGCCCAAGCGUGGAGUCAACACUCACGACAACGAAGUCGCUCGUGCCUUCAAGACCGUUAACGACGGCUACAUUGAACCUAUUUCUUUCAUCGUGCCCCGCCGUGCGGAGACUUUCCAGGACGAUAUCUACCCCCCUACAACUGGUCUGAAGCCUGCUAUGGGCCCCUCUGAGUGGCUUGCGGGCAAGGAAGCCAUCCCACCUAAGAUUUCUAUGGCCAACCUUUACGAGGGUGAGGGUCUGAAGGAGGUCACCGGAGUGCAGGACGCCCCCACUUCCACCAUGGGCGCCUCUGAACCCGAGGCGGCACCGGCUCCCAAGGCCGCCGAGCCCAGUCCCGUGAAGAAGGCACCCGAACCCGCGCCCGAGCCGACCCCGGUGGCCAAGCCCGCCCCGUCCAUGAAGGAGCAGGGUGCCUCAAUGGCCGCCAUGGUCUCCAAGUUUGCCGACGAUGAGGAGGCCGAGACCGUGGAGGAGGAUUCGAGCUUUGAGGAGGUGCAGAAGCCCGUGGAGCGCCCUGCACGCUCUCCCGAAGCCUCAUCUCCUUCCAUCAAGGCCAGCCCUUGGCACCAGAAGGAAGAGGAGGUCAAGACCCAGGCAGCAAGCCCUGCUAAGGUACGCAAUCCCUAUCCCCUAGCAAAACCCAUUCCCCAACUAACAACCCUGCAGUCUUCCCCCGUCAUCACCCCCGUUGCCGCGCCCGCCGACAUCUCCACUGGCGCUGCCGUCGCAGCAGAUGCCGUCCAGCGCGAGAUCGGAGCGAUCAAGGACCUGAUCGCCGAGCAGACAAAGACGAUCGCCUCCCAAGCGCAGCAGAUGCAGAGCCUGACUGCAGAGAUCGAGUCCCUCAAGGCUAAGCUGGGCUAA